AUGACUGAUGUCGAGAUCCCAAAGACUGGCAAGGCUGGAGUUGUCGUAAAUGAAGGGCCAGAUUUCCACGUUGAGGUGCAGGAUGUGGAGGUUCCAGAGCCAGGUGCUGGCGAGCUACUUCUCAGGCUGAACUGCACUGGGCUGUGCAUGUCAGAUGUCCAUUUCAUGAUGAACGACUGGGCGGUGCCACCAAUGUCUCAAUUCGGCACCAAGUGUGCGGGUCACGAAGGUGCAGGCGUAGUUGUGAAAGUCGGGAACAAUGUCCAGGGCUGGAAUGUCGGUGAUCGAGCUGGCAUCAAGCCGAUAUGGGACGUGUGCCACAACUGCGAACAAUGCUGGACCGGUAGAGAGAACUACUGUCUAAAGGGAGUUCACACAGGCUUGAUGGCGGAAGGAUCCUAUCGACAGUAUGUGAGGUCUCCUGCUUUGUACACUUCAAGGAUUCCAGAUGGCGUGCCAGACGAGGUGGCAGCGCCGAUCAUGUGUUCUGCAAGCACCAUGCAUCGUGCACUGGUCGACUCCGGGUUGAAGCCAGGCAACUGGGUUGUAUUCCCUGGCGGGGGUGGCGGCGUUGGUAUCCAGGGAGUGCAAUUAGCAAAAGCCAUGGGCAUGCGGCCGAUUGUUGUCGAUGGCGGAGCUGCGAAGCAGAAGCUGUCGAAAGAGCUUGGAGCUGAGGAAUUCGUCGAUUUUACCGAACACAAAGAUCCAGCAGGGCGGGUGAAGGAGAUCACAGAUGGCGUAGGCGCGCACGGUGUGCUGGUGACGGCGUAUCAAGCGUACAAGGACGCGUUCAGCUACCUUGGGGAUCGCGUUGGCGGCACUAUCAUGUGCAUCGCUUUACCUCCAGCCGGGCAGGUCGUGCUCGGCACCGACCCCAGCUUCUUUGUGCUCAAGAACGUGAGAGUGAUUGGCACGCUCGUCGGCACCAUGCAGGACACGGCGGCAGCGCUGGAGUAUGCUCGCCGUGGUCUGCUAAAGGGCAUCUCCGAAGUCAGAGGUCUUUCGCGCUGGGAUGAGUCUGUCCAGGCUCUCAGGAACGGACAGGUCGCCGGACGCGUUGUCAUCGAUUUUAACAAGGACGUGGAUUCAGACGACGCCUCCUCCUUGCACUCCACCCCUUCUCUCCGCCCCGCCCCUCUCGGCAUCUUCAAGACCGACGUCGACUCGCACUUCCGGCUGGGCUCACAGGCACACGCACCCGCACCCGCACCCGCACCCGUACAGGCACAGCAGACCGAGGAGCGCCUGGACGAGCCGUCCUCAGCGUCGCCGGAAUCCCCUCCUCCCUUCCAUUCCCACAACUUUCCCGCGCGAUACUUUCCCAAGCCCUGCGACGCCGACCCGUACAGCGCGCUCGUCACCGCCAGCUGCGCGUCGGAAUCGCUCACCGCGACUGCCCCCCUCGAACCUCCAGCACCACCGUUUGAAGAGACAGAAGGCUCCCCAGGAGCUUCUACAGUCGUUGCAGAGACCAAGGCUGCGCUAUCACGCGACACCAAGGACGGCCAGUCUAGCAAGGAUCUAGACGACGGAGAGCCACCACCACCAUAUACAGAAGGCUCAAGUCCGCUCGACGGCUUCACAUACGUCAUGGCGGCUGCAGGAGGAGGAGCGAGCAUUAUCACACAAGUCCAGCAGGGCGGACCAGCUCCCAUAAACACUGCGCUCAGCGGAGGCUCGGAUGAGAACAUCACCUUGGAGCUUCGAGGCACACGAUUCACUCUUUCCCGCGAUGAGCUUCUGACGCUACCAGAGUUCGUCCUGUUGUCGCUGUUCCCCAACGGUCUGCUCCCAGAUGGCCACAUGAACAGCUACCACGAUGGCGACGUCUACCCAGUCGACGUAAGGCACACCCAGAAACCUCGCGCUAUUGCGCAGGUACAACCCCAAAACACAGUCACUGUCAAUGACAUACAAAAAGUCAUGUCCAACUCUGAUGUAUAUUUAUCUGACAUUGUCUAUUUCUCGCAGUACGAUCCGAUGUCGUUGCAAUACAUGCUGGAGUUCUUCCGCCAUGUUGCACAAACCAUACCGCAAACAUCUGAAGAGUCGAAUCCCACCAGCGACCCGCUUGCACCAAGCACUAUGCCGAUCGAGCCCAUGGCUGGCAAUGCGAGAGAUAUGCUGCAGGACAGAGCAGGCAUCAUUGUCUUGCGAGAGGAUCUCGACUUCUACGCCAUUCCACCGCGUAAGGACAUUGAGCAAAUGGAGAUGAUCAAUAUCAAGCGUGCCGCAAGCCGGGCACUACUUAAGCAGGACGGCAUCUUCUCUGGCCUGCGCAAGAGCGAGGAACCUGGUACGACGGAACAGCAUCUGAUUGAGAUGCUUACCGCAGGCGGCUUCAAUCACGAAGACACAUGGGGUCACAGAGCUGCAGAGCCACAAAAAGCCGUCAUCUGCUCUAUAGCGUUGGCACGCCUGCGCACUGACAUCAAGGGUGACACUGCUGGCGCUGCCAAUGCUGUUGGUAUGGCACAGAAGCUGCUACUCUUCUGGCGGAAACCUGCGAGGAGAUGUUGGUGGGAAGGCGUGGAGCUGGACAACGUUGAGGGCGUCGAAGGAAAUCUCAAAGUGUGGAUUCGAAGAGUUUGGACGUUGGAGAUGAGCGUCAUUGGACUGCGCUAG